GAUAAUUUUGAACAACUUGAGUCUUUUACUGAGAGAUUUGUAGAGCGAGUAUAUUCGUGUUCCUAUUCAAAGCCUGCUCCAUCUGUGAAAGGCUGGACAAGGUGCACAGAGAAAGAAAAACGGAGGCGUCUGUCUCAAGAGUUGAGGGAAAAAAUUCUGUCCCUGAAUGGCUACCACAUUUACUACACCGUCUGGACUGUUGCACAUGCUUUACAUGCGGCCUAUUCUCUCCGGUCCCAGAGAAGGGCCACAAAGAAUAGAAACAGGUCAGGAGUUCAAAGAGUACAGCCUUGGCAGCUUCACCCUUUCCUGCGCAUCUCCCAGCAUUACAAUAAUUCCCUACAGGGAGUCUAUUUGGAUGAAAAAGGGGACCUGGCAGCUGACUUUGACAUCACGUAUUGGGUGAGGUUUCCCAACUGGUCUGUUUACAAAACGAACAUUGGGAGCCUGGAAAGAGAGGGAUGCUCAGAAGGCACAUUCAAUUUCAGAAUGGACCAGGAUGCAAUCAAGAGGGCCGUGCAAGUUGAUGAGCACCUGCCAAGGUCUCGGUGUGUGGCUAGCUGCCUGCCUGGAUCUGUCAGGCUGCUGGACCCCAUGAAGCCAGUUUGCUGUUACCGUUGUGUUCCUUGUGCAGAAGGGACCAUCUCCACUCAGGAAGAUGCUGAACAUUGUGUGAGAUGCCCCAAGAACCAGCAACCUAACAAGGAGCGAAUUCGGUGUGUUCCUAAGGUAAUCGUCUUCCUAUCCUACACAGAAGAUCUGGGGAUCAUCCUUACUUCUGUUACUGUAUUUUUCUCUUUGAACACCUGCUUUGUUUUAAUCAUAUUCAUUAAGCACCUGGAAACUCCAGUAGUCAAAGCCAACAACCGGGACCUGUCCUACCUACUCCUCAUUGCCCUCCUGCUGUCCUUCAUGUCUUCCUUCUUCUUCAUUGGCCAGCCAAGUAGAGUCACCUGCCUUCUUCGACAAGCAGCCUUCAGCAUCAUUUUCUCUGUGGCUGUCUCUUCUCUCUUGGCCAAAACCGUUAUGGUGGUGCUGGCAUUCCUAGCCACCAAGCCAGGAAAUAAUGUGAGGAAAUGGCUGGGGAAGCCUUUGGGGAACUCCAUUGUCCUUUGUUGCUCUUUUGUCCAAGUUACAAUCAGCGCUAUCUGGUUAGGUACCUCUCCCCCAUUCCCAGACUCAGAUAUGACUUCCCAGGCAGGAGAGAUUGUUCUGCAGUGCAACGAAGGCUCUGUUGCCAUGUUCUACACAGCUCUCUGCUACAUGGGCUUCCUUGCAGCCAUCUGCUUCACCGUAGCUUUUGCAGCCCGAAGUCUGCCUGGGGCCUUUAAUGAAGCCAAGCUGAUCACCUUCAGCAUGCUGGUUUUUUGUAGCGUUUGGAUCUCCUUUGUGCCCACCUACCUCAGCACCAAGGGCAAGUACAUGAUAGCUGUGCAGGUCUUCUCCAUCUUGGCCUCCAGUGCUGGACUGCUGGGCUGCAUCUUUUUCCCCAAGUGCUACAUUAUUCUUUUUCGACCUGAUCUGAAUAAAAAGGAGCAGCUUAUUUUGAAAAGCAAAACAGAAAUGUGA